AAUGGUAGUAAUGUGUAUCGCGGAGUAUCGUGCAACCUGAAGGACGUCGUCAUCGUUGAUCGCCGAGUACCGAUCCUCUUCUUCUUCCUCGUUUCCUCUUCGUGUAUUCCAUCGGGCAUUCCUUACAAUCGAAUUCGGCCAUCGAAUCAAAAGCUAUCUCACCUCCUGGACCAAUUCGUUCUGAACGGUUCGUGACCUGUUUCGUGAUUCACUUUUUCACGGAUGCUCGACAGUCUCGAGGACGACGACGAUUACCUGUUGCUCAGUAUUUUAGCUCGCUGUGGUGCCGUGUGAGGUGAACGUAACACUAACUAGAGUGGAAUCUAGCAGGAAAAUCGACGGAAAAUAGAGAAGAAAAAGAAGAAGAAGAAGAGGAUACCAAGAUGCCCUGUUCCGCGGUGACGCUGUCCCUCGCGACCAUAACCGGUAUCAUUGCCACUGGUCUUCUGGCGAUCGCCUUUUCUACGGAUAACUGGCUCUACACCGAGGUCAAGCGUGCCCAAAUCCAGCAAUAUGCAGCCAAGCAUGCCGAGCAGAGCCACUUGGUGGUGAAAAUGAAUACAAAGUACUAUUACUACACGAGGACGCAGGGUCUCUUCAGGAUAUGCUAUCCCAAAGAAAGGCCACCGACUGUUCAAACCUACUUAAGUCCUGUGGAGACACACUGUAUGAACAUCAAUUACUUCAUCCCUGACGAAGAAAACCUAACAAGGGGCUUCUCGGACGAUGCAAUGACUCGACUUCACAUGGGCAGAUCUGUGAUAGCUCUGUUUAUAGUGGGAUUCGUCGCAAUCUUUACGGCAUUCUGGACGGGAGUGGUAGGCUGCUGGAAGAGGUCACCAGGAAAUAUCACAGCCACCGCAAUCUUGAUGUUGCUAGCAUGCCUAUUAAGUGCUAGCGCCAUGGGGCUCUGGCACGGAGUGGAAUAUUACGAGAAAGAGAAAAUCGUCGGAGAAGAGUACUAUCAACAAUGGAGUAACGUUUUAAGGGACAACGCAGUGCAGUGGUACGGCUGGUCGUUUUACCUUGCCUGGCUGGGGGUGGCUACGUGUUUAGGCACGAUGACGCUAUUCCUGAUAGCGGCAUCCUGCCUCCGGCGGGAGCAUGCCCGCGAGCAGGCACAGAACGUUCAAUACAUCAUGCCAGUAUAUCCUCAGAAGCAACAGUACGCUUAUGCAGGCUACCCAGCACCGGCAGCAUAUCCAGGACCUUACUAUCAUGGAUCGCAGUAUGGACCGUACAACUACUGAAGAAAUUCCGUGUCAUCUCUAUCAACAGGGGAAAGAAAGAGUCUAGAGUGCGGAGCGUGAAACGUGCUCGUAGUGAACAAAAUGUAAUCUGGCAAGCGAUGAUUCCCAAAGGGAAUGAUAAAAAAAAAAAGAAAAACGAAACGAACGAGACAAAAAACGAAGACUCCGAGAGGUCGAUCGUAAAUCCCAAACCGAGCCUGCACGAGGAGAAAAAUAAAAAGCAAAGAAGGACGACCUUGGGUCCCGCCCUAGGUAUAAUUUAUCAUUUGUUUUAAACGAUACGUUACGGACGUUCUGGUGCACACCUGCGGGUCCCACGAUCUCCGAUCUCCGUUUUCUCUUUCGGCAGGUGUCCGUUUGGAACAUGAUCGCUCGCACGGGAAUCAGUUUGACUCGCAAGAGAGACAGUUGCUCAAAAACAAUCCGCGUACUUACUUAGAACUGGGAUGACCCUAUAUGCAAUAAUACUUCUUUUUUAUUUCUCAAAUCUAAUAUUCUUUACUACAUUACUCUUCGUACGUGCUGAUCGUACUAGGACAAUAAUAAUAGUAAUGGUAAUAGUAACAAUAAUGAGAAGAGAUAUGAGCGUGGGAGAGACAUACGUAACAUAAGUGUUGGUAAUUGAUUAUACGUUUGAUUGGCUACAUGAUCUUUCUCAGGUAAAUGAGGAACGACAUAUCGUUCAACAUUUAUCUCGCAAUAUCGUGACGUCGAAUUUCUAAAAGUACCGUACGACUGAUGAGGUUAACCGUCAAUCCCUAUAGUGCCUUACUUUCAAUUACCUUUCAUUCUUACUGUAAACCGACAGUAUGGAACAUUAUCAUCAUCGACAGUAGCGUCGAACGCUUCGUUACCUUUGUUCCAGUUCAGGCGAGAAAUUUAUUAAUUAUAGGAAGGAUAUUCGAAGAUAUAUAGCUAAGUGAAGCCGAAACUACACUGUUCCUUUAAAGUGAAACAGUGUAAACUCGGCUUUAGAGUUAGCAAACCGAGUGGAGGGGCGAAUACAUCAAACAAAUAUUGUGCAAAAUCUUUAUUUAUGUUCGAUCGAGUAGAAAUUUCGUCGACGAAAGAAAAAUUCGACAACAUGGUGCGAGAGAAAUAUCCGUUAGUCAAAUCGAUAUAAAUGGCAAAAAGCGUAAAAUGGGUGCAUCGUAUCAUUCAUAGAUAUCACAUUUCAUAAUAAUGAUUUGCCUCAUCAACUCACUAGACUUUUUAAUGUGUAGAUUCCCUCUUUUUUAUAACGACAUAUAAGAUUUCUUGUUGCGGUAUCGUUACGUAAGGUAUUAAGAAAUAAAAAAUAUUUCAAUUACUUUAUACAUGCAUAUUUUUUUGAGUAAAUAAAUUAAAUCAGAUUUGUACCAAU